AUGUGUCCACCCAGUAUCUUGAGUAUGAUCAUACUUGCGAUAAUGUUAAAGGAAUACUACGCAGAUCCCUGUUCUUCCUACUCGCUCAUAUUUGGACAGUACCAAAGAUCAUCAAAUUACACAAUACAGUCAACAGACAUCGCUUUCAGUGACAAUUUCUUGUCCGAAGGAUGGUAUCGUUUUAACAGCCGGGCAGGGAAUGACAUUGUAACAUGGGCGCCGUCGAUAUACCAAUGUGGUACCAUAUACCCAGUAUGGAUGCAAGGAACUUUACCAACUUAUAAUGAGGGUGAAGUUAACCGGACCGCCUGUAUAGUUGGUUUGUACGGCAACUGCUCGAAGACAUUGAACAUCAGAGUUAAAAACUGUGGGAAAUACAAUGUAUAUCAUCUGGUACCGGUUCCACAAACAUCCACUGGAUACUGCAUAGGAGAAAACACACAUUGUCCCCCUGGGCAAUCGUCGAUUUCGAGUUUUUCCCCGUGUGAAGAUGUGGUCCCCGUAAAUACAAACCCGGCCGUGAAUGCCUCUUUGGAAAAUAAAAAAACUAAUAUUACUAUGUUUCAAACUGUGGAACCUGUGUUUAAGUGUCUGUUUGAUGAACCUACUGGCGGUCCAUAUUGGUACGAUACCUAUUGGUACAUCAAUACAGAUACUGUCAAAGUGGUAGAAUCUCAGCCUUAUCAGAGCAACCAAAGCUGGCUGUACCCCAAGGACUGGGUGGACAAGUAUGAUCUAAACAUGGUGGUAAAAUGUUCUACACGGGUCCGACAUUGGAAGGAUAGCAUGCCUGGUCAUCACAAUUACAGUGAGGAUUUCAAAGCUGGAAUGUUUCCUUCGUCGUUUUCAUACCGAGUCAAAGAAGGAGAUACCAUUUCCAUCAAGUUUACAGUGACUGUUCCUGUUGGAUGUUUGAACAUGGACCGCCAAAACCUCUGUAAAACUAGCAUAUUUAUAAUUACCCCGGAAUAUCAAUCUUCUGCAAGUUCAUGCCAAAAUUUUAAUAAUCAGGGUGAAAUAUCUUUUGACAAAAAUGGAUGUGGCAUUAUUAUAGAAAGCUCAACCUGGUGGAAACAAACGAUUCUUAAUGUUACCGGAAAAACUGACGGAGUAAUUAACAAAAGAGAUAGAGAAGUGUAUAUCAGAUUGGGAACUUUACGUACACAAAGUCCAGCAGAUAUCUCGGGUGUUUGGUACAAUUUUACUAUGCCUGAUAUAAAGAUUUUAGUUGACGACAGCGAUACGAAAAUAGCAAACAAACUUUGCUUUGCUAGUACAGACCCUAGAAUGGAAACUUUCGACGGACAUAAUUGGACAGCUCAGUUGCCAGGAGAAUUUGUUUUGUACAGAGACAAAGAAAGACGAAUAGCCGUUCACGCCCUAUUCUCCUCUUGUGUCUGGAAUGGCUGGAAAGGACAAGGACCAUGUGGCUGUGGCAUUGCCGUAAGAGUUGAAAACUCUCUGUAUGUCUAUCGCACGUGUGAGGAAAUAUCUUAUCGUUAUUCUAAACCUCUCCUCCAACAUGAAAUCGUUUAUCACAUUUGUGACAAUCGUCACAUGGUGGUGGACAUUGGAGACCCAUGGACAAAGAUUACUCUUCCUAAUGGAGCAAUUGUGCAGUACAUGUAUAAGGUAGGACGAGAUUGGCUUUAUCACAUAUAUGUGACACCUUCCAUCUUUGACGGAGACAACGUUGAGGGAUUGUGUGGAAACCCUAACGGGAAGGCAGACGACUUCAUUCCUCAAGGAUCGUCAUUUCCUACCUCGAAUAUGGUGCGCUUCCAAAAAAGCUGGAGAGUCAAUAUAUAUUCCAAAGAAAGCCUUUUUGGAGUCAACAGAUUACAAGACUUUGGGAAUUUUCAGCUUCAGAAAUAUUGUGAUUGUGCUACAGAAAUCCAUUCAAGUGAAAACUCUAUUGCUAACCACUUCACAGCGAAUUGUUCUAUUGCUACGCCGGCAAUUCUAUGUUCUCAGCAAACAACUACACAGAGAUAUACAUCAACAUGCAAACGUUACCAAGAUCGAUUCAAACGUGAUGUCAAUUUAGAAGAUGACGACAGUGAUGAUGUCAUGGAGGUUUUUCCCCUCAAACUAGAUCCGAGUUUUGAUCCAAAUUUCAUUCCACCUACUCCUACUUGGAAGAAUAAUUGGACUGAAUCUUCUGCACGUGAAUACUGUGAAAAUAUGAUGCUAAAUGACCCAGCUCAAAUUGAGUGUCAGAAGUACAUCCCCAUGGACAAUUCCACAAAAAUUGCGAUAGAAGAUUGUAUUCUUGACAUAAGGGAUAGUGGAACAACUGAAUUUUCUAGCUUAACCAGAGAAUCAUUGGACCACCAAUGCUAUGAACAAAUUAAAAUGUAUGAAGUUUUUCAUGAACCAGAGGAUUUUCAAGAAGUUUCUGUCGUACAAAAAAUCGGUCAACUUGUUUGUCCAAAUAACUGUUCUGCUAAUGGCGAUUGCAACGAAGGAAUCUGCAAAUGCAAUGGAUCAUAUGCUGGUAUCGACUGCUCCCACGACAGAUCGACACCACCUUCCAAUUUAACGUUGCCGGAACAAGGAUUAUGCAAAACAAGCAAACGAGCAUGCGCGAAAACAAACGUCUAUGGUGUCUUUAUAUCCCAAACUGUUUUUGCAAAAUUGGAGGAAUUUAAGAUAACAGAUUCGGGAGAAUUAAAAACUGUUUCAACCAACGUCCUCGAAGCUAAUUAUAUAAAUCCUACGAUGAUACGAGUCACUUUUCCAACCAACUACCGAAAAAGGCGAACACCAUUCAAAAACGUUUAUGCAAGUGGUUUUAAUAUAAGUUUAUCCUAUGAUGAAAUAAACUAUAGCGAUUCCGUGACAUUGGUCAUCUACAAUGACUUAUGUUAUAGCUGCAUUGCAUCGCCAAUGGAAUGCAACAUGACGUCUGCAUGUAACAAAUUUCCCGGAACAACAAAUAAAGCAAAUCACUCUGGCAAAAACGACAUCUUCCUGCCUUUGAUUAUCGGCCUUUGUAUUGUUUGUGUUCUCAUCAUUGGUACAAUCACUACCUUAAUUUUAAUGAAACGAAGACACACAGGUCAAUUUAGUCCAUGGUGUGUAGACGCGAAAAAAACGCGACAUGUGCCCAAGCAUCCGCCAGUUCAGCGCUACGAUACAUUAGAUCUCGACUUUAAGAAAUCCACAUCCCAAAAUUACGAGACACUCGAGUCACCAGUGGUGGGCUGGUCCAAUGCUGCAUUUGACAACUAAACAGAUGACAUAGCAGCUUCCGGUCAUCACAAUGUUAACUGAUCUAUUGUCCUCUUAUAGAAUUGAUUGCUACGCUUUUUUUUUUAAAUCUUAUUGUUUCAGAAUGCUAUAUACUAUGAAAUCUUUAAUAUAUUAUUAAAAAAUGCGAUUAUUGUUUUCCGGGAAUAUAAUCUCCAAGCAGCAUACAGCUAACGAACUUACCCAUAAGCUUAUGUGCAAGCCAGGUUGAAAAAGAAGUUUUUGAUGGGGAUUUGAAGGAAGAGAGUGUAGAUAAAGUAAUUGUAUAGUCACAUAUAUAUAUAUAUAUAUAU